CACUGCCUCAUUACUCUUCCACACUCUGCUUUGAUAACUUGCACCUUGAUUCUUCAUCCUUCGUCCACAACCACAGGAAGGUCAUGGGAAAUGCACACAGUGAAGGAAUUCCCAGAGAGAUCCUGGAUGACCUUAAGCUGACUACCAGGUUCUCAGUAUCUGAGAUCACCCAGUGGUAUGAGAACUUCCAGAAGCAGUGUCCUACUGGUCGCAUCACACUACAACAGUUCGAGGAGAUCUAUGCGAAAUUUUUCCCAGAGAGUGAUGCUAAGGCUUAUGCAAAACACGUUUUUCGGUCAUUUGACACCAAUGAUGAUGGUACAUUAGACUUUAAAGAGUACAUUGUUGCACUUCACAUGACCUCCUCGGGCAAGUCAUCCUUGAAGCUGGAGUGGGUCUUCUCACUGUUUGAUGUGGACAAGAAUGGUUACGUCACAAAACCUGAAGUGACUGAACUCAGCCUGGCAAUUUUCAAUCUCAUACCAAGAGAGAAGCAGGCAAAUCUUCCCAGUGAUGAGAGCACGCCAGAGAAGAGAGCAGAGAAACUCUGGGGCUUCUUUGACAAAAAGGACAAUGAACGAGUCGCAGAGGGAGAGUUCAUCCAGGCCAUUCAGUCAAACGAUGCUGCACUACGGCUCAUUCAGUACGACCAUAAAUGACACAACGGGAUCAUGUUCAUGCAAACGGCAGUUUUGUCAUGCUUGAUUUCAUGUGCAUUUGUUUUAUAUUAAAUGUGUUCAACAAAGAUUCGCCAUCCUUGAUUUGUGUCGCCAAUGUAUUCUGCUAGUUUCACAUGGUCCUAUCUUUUUAUUAAAGCAACUGUGUGUAAGGUUUUAUUUGCCCUGAAAUAUCAACGUCAUUUUGGUGGUACAUUGCUUCUAAUAAGACAAAAACAAGGCUUUUGAUUGUUUACCACAUUCCCUCUAAAUGCCUGGUCUGGGUGUAUGUAAGUUCAGCGAAAUUCUGCCAACAGGGCAGAUUGCUUUAUGGGAGCAACAAAUGCACGUGUACAGCUGUCUAAUAUAGGUGGCACCAAAGUCGAAAAAAUAUAUACAAAACUACAUACAGUUGCUUUAAGCGAUAGAUGCCAUUUUUAAAAAUAGUUGCAAUGUUGUAUUCUAUUUCAUUUGAUUGUAAUUUCUAGAAUUUGUGUAUGUUUGAAUUUCUGUCAUGCAUUUGUUGAAUUAGAGGUUUGUAUGCAUGGCACUUUGUUUAAUCACAUACCUUAUAAUUCUAAUAGUCUUUUUUUUGGAUUGCAGUUAUGUUCAGUUGAUGUUUGCCAUUGUUUAGUGUCGAUUUGAACAUUUUUAUUAUUCUCUCACAUUAAGAUGGUGUCAUUUCAUUGUAUGUUAAUCCAAACAAGCUUCUCAUGGUUUAUUUUUGCACUAUAUUACAUUGUUUUCCUAAUACUAUUAUUGUAUGACAGUCGUGUAAACAUGACAUUUUUUACUUUUUCCUCCAAACAGACUAUUAUUGGUUGGUUACUGAUUGAUUGAUUGGAAUAUUUAAAAAAUAACAACAAAUGCAAUUUUGUGUAUACUUUUACUAUAAUGUGAUUAUGUAUUCCAUAACCUGAUCAUCAGUGAUAGAACAUUGGCUUAAAAACAUGCUAAACAUAUUCUCUCUUCUCUUGUCCUUUUUUGUGAUUUUGAUGUUCUUUCUAACCGUUUCUCAUUCUCUCUAUCUCUCACUUGAUCUUGGUCUUUUACUCUGGAGAUUAUUCACAUCUUCUGUCCAACUUUUGAAAGCAUCUGUCUAAGGCUGCUAGAAUUCCAGAUUGUUUUUUG